AUGGACUUCCUUACUUGACUUUCGUGACCAAAAACCACGCCAGGGUUCUUUCAAAAGCUUGUCUCUCCAGUGGCCUACAAACUGAAGAAGAGAACGGCAUUUUUCGACUAUUUUCUCAAUGACUCCAAUCAUUUAGUUUCAAAAAGAUUCAACUUAUACACUGUCUUGCCUUCGUUAAGUUCGUUCUAUUCAGCGUAACUAUUAAGGAGAACGAGAUAUACGCGCGGUUUUCAUUGCUUGUGUCGGUCAAAUACCUUAUUAGAAUUAUUUCAAUUUUGUGAUUCAAUUGAAUCAUAGCAGUUUGUGCUUUUCGAUCAAAAUCGAAAAUUAUUAGUUAACAACAAUUUAUUUUUUCUUGUAACUUGGUACACGUACACUUGAUAGGGAUUAGCUUUUAUUUUUAUAGAAUUUUAAGUAACUUUUAUUUAAUCGCGGGAUGUUGUUGUCAAGUUUAAAUAAAUCAUGCCUUAGCCAAAGGAAUUGUAAAUUUCUUCAGAAAUUUAUUCCUGUCAGUCAGCUGCUUGGACUGAAACGUCACGAGCAUAAGAUGCCGAAACAUUUGGAAAAUAUGCUUGAAGAGAACGAGAAACCGAACUUUGCUCAUAUGGUUCAGUAUUACUAUCAUGCGGCUGCAUGUUUAAUGGAACCGAAUUUAGUGAAGGAAUUGGAGAAAAAGUAUCCGAGGGCAGAUAAUAAAUGGCGUCAGGGUCGCGUUGCCGCCAUACUCAAGUUUAUCGGUGCAGUGUCGUGUUGCAUAGAAGUUACAUUUCCUUUAUAUAAAACUGAUGGCACUUAUGAACUGAUAACCGGUUAUCGAGCACAUCACUGCAGGCAUAGGUUGCCCGUUAAAGGAGGUAUCCGUUACGCUAUGGAUGUUGACCAGGAUGAAGUUAAAGGUUUAGCAUAUUUAAUGACUUUUAAGUGCGCAUGCGUCAAUGUACCGUUCGGUGGAGCGAAAGGCGGUGUACGCAUCGAUGUAAAAAAGUAUCAAGAUAAAGACUUGCAAAUAAUAACGAGACGUUACACGAUGGAAUUGUUAAAGAAAAAUAUGCUUGGUCCCGGAAUUGAUGUGCCAGCACCUGAUGUGAAUACUGGUCAAAGAGAAAUGUCUUGGCUGGUCGAUCAAUAUUUGAAAACUUAUGGACACAACGAUAUCAAUGCUUUGGCUAUAACUACUGGUAAACCAGUACACUUUGGCGGUAUACAUGGACGUACCUCGGCAACUGGACGUGGAGUAUGGAAAAGUGGUGAUGUGUUUAUUCAGGAUCAAAAUUGGAUGGAUUUAUUGAAAAUAAAAGCAGGCUGGAAGGAUAAGACUGUAAUAUGCCAGGGUUUCGGAAAUGUUGGCUCCUGGGCUUCGAAAUUUGCAGUAGAAGCUGGCGCAAAGUUAAUUGGUGUACAAGAUGUCGAUUGCUCGUUGGUCAAUGAGCAGGGCAUAAAUCCGGACGAGUUAAUGCUAUAUAAGGAGGAGAAAAAGACGAUUAAAGGUUUUCCGAAUACCACCGAAAAAGAGGGCAGCUUAUUGGGGGAAAAGUGUGAUAUCUUAAUGCCUUGUGCAACCCAGAUGGUACUUACUAAGGAGAAUGCAGAAAAAGUUCAAGCAAAAAUUUUAUUAGAAGGAGCCAAUGGGCCCGUUACACCGGCUGCCGACCAGAUUUUACGAAAAAAGAAUGUACUCAUGAUACCGGAUAUGUAUUGUAAUGCCGGUGGUGUGACUGUUUCAUAUUUUGAAUUUCUAAAAAAUCUCAAUCAUGUCUCUUACGGCAAAAUGACCGCUAAACGAGAAUCGAGCGUGAUCCGUGAGAUGCUCGAGUCCAUUAGUCAAUCGUUAAAACAAACAAUUGAACCAACGAAGAAGCUCGAAAUUUUACGCGAUUGCAAUUCGGAAGCCGCUAUUGUUGAUUCCGGUCUACAAACUGUUAUGGAAGCGGCCGGUCAAGGUAUUAAAGAGACGUGCAAUGAAUAUUCGCUAUGCAAUGAUUUGCGAACAGCUGCAAAUAUUUUUUCAAUUAAUAAAAUUUUUAGUGGUCUCGAGAGUUCGGGCAUUUCGCAAUAAUAAUUUCUCGAAAUCUGAUAAAUAAAAGGUCUUAAAUAAACCCAUUCCCUUCAAUCACUAUUAACGUAAGUUAUAAUGAUCGUUGUGUAACGUUGAGGAAAACAAGAGAGAAGAGGAAUGUUACCCACAAUUCGCACAGAGUGAAGCUUGAUCUUAUAGAAUUAUGGCUUACUAGCACUUUUAUGGUUUGAUAUUUGAAAGAUCACUUAUUCGAUCAUAGUGUCAAAAUUUUGGUUAAUUGGGGAAUCAAAUGUGUUGCACAUUGCGUGGCACCAAUGGCUCGCAAUGUGGGCUGUUUAGCGAGACGCCAAAGUCGCUUACUUUUAAGAUUUGGUUCGUGAUAAAAAUCCCCUUUAAUGGCAUCGAAAAUGUGGGACCUUUUUCUAACGAAGCUACUUUGUAAGUAAGAUGACCCAAAGUUGAGGACAAAAGGACUGCAAAUAUACUUAAGCGAACUACCUAAACUAUUUGAACGUUUAUUUUUACACAUAAUUAGACGCACUGUUAAGUCGACAUAUCUUUGGGGUUCAGCCUUUCUUCUUCUUCAAUCCCAAUUACACUGAAAUGUAUGUGGGUAUGCGUGCGUCCGUGUUUAGAUUAAUUCAUCACUUUCCUACUAUGGAUAAUUUCUUAAGUACUGUUCAGCAUUUAUAAAAGUAAUACACUAGACCGCAUCCACAAAGUCACGUGAGGUGAGUGAUCGUAUUUUCGGUAUGAAAUGUCAAACUGAUUGAUUUUCAAUGGAGUGGAAGAAGAAAAAGAAAAAUUGCUUGAAAAUUAUUUUCUAUAAUCUUUUGUAAGACUCCAUGCUCUUCUCUGCACCAGAAAUAUCUAUCAGCUAGGAAUUGAGUGACAAUGAGACUUUGAGUAUCUACAAACUUUUGCUAUUACGACAUUUAUUUCUACGACUUUGCAUUAGUAAAACGGUUUUUAUUAAAUUUUUCAAGUCUCUAUGUUGGCCCUCUCUUAUUCCUAACGGUUAUGCAUUGCAUGCCUACCAGCUUUUGCUAUUAUGUUGUGCAUGUAUUCACGCAACUCCGUCUGCAAACAAAAUUCGAACAUUCAUUCGGGGACCCCACUAAGUAUAUAUGUUCUUGAUCAGCAUCUUCAUUCUAAAUCGAUUUCACCAUGUCCGCCUGUCCAUCUGAGUAACGUCUGUGGUAAACAUGCCUCUGAUCGACUUCACAUUUAGCAGAAACAUUGGAAGUCCUUGCACGGAGAUUAAUAUCGAAAAGCGACCCGAGCGGUCGUACGACACACCCACAGUACCACGUACACUGAGAACACCUCUGUUUUUCAAAAGGAAUAAAUAUUAAACUUUUCCUCAUUACUGAUAAACUAUAGCCGAUGAAUGUACAAAAAUUCGAACGAGUAUUCUAUAGGCGAUGUUGUAGCAUCUGCACAAAAAUGAAAAUUGACC